AUGUCCUUCCUAUCGGUGGCCAGCCGCACCUCUCGUCUAGCGAUUCGGUCCGCCUUCACCACUUCCACCAGGGCCUCCUCCAGCUCAACCUCAGCAUUGGCCUACAAGUCCCUGCACCGCCGCUCCCCGCUCACUCUCCCCGUAGCGGACCUCUCUCAGCAAUGGGAUGCCCCCACCGCCGUCUCCUCCAUCCUCUACGAGACCCCCGUUCGCCCGACGAACCCGCCCAAACGCCAUGUGCUGAACUGUCUGGUACAGAACGAGCCCGGUGUGCUUUCCCGUGUCUCGGGGAUCCUGGCCGCGCGCGGAUUUAACAUUGACAGUCUGGUUGUCUGCAACACUGAGGUGGAGGACUUGUCGCGCAUGACUAUCGUGCUGCAGGGUCAGGACGGCGUUGUCGAGCAGGCCCGCCGCCAGCUGGACGAUCUCGUUCCCGUCUGGGCUGUUCUCGACUACACGGACUCUGCGCUUGUUCAGCGUGAGCUGCUCUUGGCCAAGGUCAGCAUCCUGGGUCCUGAGUUCUUUGAGGAGCUGCUACAGCACCACCGCGAGAUCACUACCCCCGUUGAAUCCAUCGAGGCACAGAAGGAGAAGGGCGGCGAGAACAAGGUCUCCAAGAGAAAGGAGGAAUUCCAUCCCCGCAACUUGCCUAGCAGCCAGGCUCUGAGACACAAGCACGAGCAUUUGGAUGCCAUCACACGAUUAACUCACCAGUUCGGUGGCAAGGUGUUGGAUAUCAGCACUAAUAACUGCAUUGUUGAACUUUCCGCCAAGCCAAACCGUAUCGACUCCUUCAUGAAACUCAUAUCUCCCUUCGGUAUCCUCGAGUCCACCCGAACCGGUCUCAUGGCUCUGCCUCGAUCUCCUCUUUUUGAGGCCAACGAGGAGCUCGAGAAGGAUGCUGCGGACGUGGUCGACGCCAGCACCCUCCCACCCGGUUAA